AGCAGUGUUGAUAUAACUGUCGUACCGUUCGCGCGCUUUUAUUUAUCGACAUUAUUUAUAAAUCAAACACGACAUCCCUACAAUCUACGUUCGAACAUUUAAAUUUAAAUUUAGAAUUUUUUUUUCGUAUUUAUAGUCGUUUCUUAAUUGUGUAUUUAUAACUGUACAAUUUGAGGCCCAAGUCCUAAUAACAUGUGAUAAAAUUAAAAACAAUUCCAUUGUGUUAAAUCUGUCAGUUUGCCAAAGUGAUUUUUAAUUUAGUCGAAUAUUACAACGAAACGUGUUUUUGUUUAUAAAUAACGUAUUUACUUAAUAUAACUACCAGCUGUCUGCCUUGUACAAGAUUUGUGAUGUAGAAUCGUACAGCCAUGGACUCACCAGAAUUAGAACCAUUGGAAUCUGGGACACCACUACGUCCCGGACGGCCCCCAAUCAGCCGGCACUGCAGUCGUAUCGCCUCCCGCUCUUGCUACAAGGGACCAAUCCGCCUCUGCAGACUGCUGGCGUUGCUCAUCAUGCUACCCAGUAUAUUUAUAUUCGUACCACUUUACCUACGGUACCGAGUAUUUUCAGGCCAAAUGUAUCCAAUGAGUAUGACAGACAUGAGGCUAAUUGACAGCAAGAUAUCGACAACUUGGUGUCAGAGGCAGGUAGUGAAAUCAAAUGCGACAUUCAACGCCUUUGUGGUCCCUGGCCCACCGCAACUCACCCAGGACCUGGUACCAGUUACAAUGACCAGGGAACUGGAGUUGGAGGAUGACAUGAAGGAAUAUUGGGGUUUCUACCUGUUGAAGGGCUCUACAGUCACUGUAUCCACAUGCGUGAGGUGGCCAGGAGCAUCUCUCAUAAUGAUAAAAGGUUACAAGCACUUAAAAGAAUGUGCCUACAUAGGAGACGACUCCUCUGAAGAGUUGGACGAAUUGAUGGAAGCUAACAAGCUUGGACUGUUGUCCAAUGCUGAACUAAUAGAAAAGAUACAGGAGUUAAACAAAAUCGACGGAAAAGCAAAUCAGCCUGAUGCAAUGAAACGUCACAAGCCUGGCGUCAGCUUCCACGACCCGAACAAUGUUGUGAACGUGACGUCAUCAGACACCGUACCGACUCUUGACGUCACUGAUCAUGAUCCCAAGGAAUUACGUGAGAUUCUAGAACGUCUCCACGCUUUGCGGCAAGAGGCGAAAGUGGAAUCUUUGAAGUACUAUACACCACCGCCUCACUUAAUGGCCCUACCUGGUCUGCACAGACACAGGGAUACUAAUGUGGAUAGGGAUGAAAGGAGGUGGAUAUACUUCAAAGAUAUUGAUGGGAAUGACACUCAAAUAGAUAAUACUGAUCAAACAGUUAAUACAGAGAAAACAACUACAACUACCAUUCCUAUAGAUGAAGCUACAAAUAAUGUUGAGGCAACAAAAGUUACUGAAAAAGAUAGCAAAGUGACUGGUAUUGAUAAACAUGUAAAUAAAGAAGUAAUUCAAAAUAAAACUAUUAAAGAAGAUGCAGUUGAAAGUGAUGGAAAAAAUAAAUCGAUUCCUGUUGGACUAAAAGUGAUUGAUGUUGCUUACACAACACCGAGUCCCCAUAUCGAGGAAAUGAACUCAAAAGAAGUUUUCGAAGAUGUUCUGAAGAAAUUACAAGCUUUAGGGGAUAGAGGAAAGAGAGUGCUGUCUAAAUUGCAUGAAACCAUGGGAUUGCAGUACAAUGCGCCCACAGCAGGGAGUAAGCCCACUAAAUCCGACAUAAUGUCAGUAUUGACAGGAAGCAGCGAGGAACUGGACAGGCUGCGGAACAUCUUGGUGGAGGCGAUAGACGAGGAGAAGACCAGAUCACGCAGACAGCAGCAACGUCGCGACGCUCGUGACGAGGCCCGAACUAAAAGGCAGUUGAUGUUAGGUGAAAUUGAAUUACAGAAGGAAUUGAACGAAGAUGAUGAAGCGAGGAACUAUGCCGCUGAAGAGGAUCUCCAACCGGACGGCUACGCUGAACACCACGAACAAGUAAACGAAACCACAGCCUUCGAUAUGAGCAACUCGGAGUUCUGGUCAUCAUUCUCCAGCAGUGAGGAGGCGCUGCUGGAAUGCGAGGGUCUGAUCCUCAACUUGCCGCUUACACCACACCCGUCUUGUAAUACUAGGGCGACAGACGAAGAUAAGAUGUCUGCAGCCCAAUCCAACGCUUUGACUUACAGGGUCCCAGCAAACGGUUACUAUUUCUUCGUUUUCAACUCGGAAAACGAAGUGCAAACAAAUUUCAUCAGAGCCAAAUUUGACCUUCAGAAAACGAGGUAUGACGUCGCCAGAACAGCGCUGAGAGAGUGCAAGAACAGCACGGAAAGAUGUGACCUGGCCCUUGAUAUAUUCUCCAGUCAAAAAGUGGUACUCGAAGUUCCACUGAGAAACAACGACUCGUUGUGGAACGAGCAGUUCGUCAUCAUCUCCGAGUGUGAGCCGAGGACCUCCGUAUACCUGGUUUGUGUGAUCGCGGUGCCGAUACUCAUAUUGAUAUUCGCAUUUCAAUAACAUCGAUGGAAUAAUUAAAGUUAGUUAAAGUUUAAGUUGAAAGUUAGUGUACCUUUCUAGAGAUAUUUCUGUAGAGUUUUUAAUUUUUUCAAGAAAAUAGGAUAAAAAAUAGCAAUGAAAUUAAAAUAAAAUAUCUGGAAAUAU